AUGGCAUUUUUUUGGUUACUUUGUGUUUGUUUACCUUUUUCAUUCAGUUUACAAUCAACGUAAUUUUUAUCAUUUUGUGUUUAUUUUAACAAUUUUUUAAACCCAAGUUUCAUUCUUUUAUCAGGGAAAGGGUCACAAAGUAAAAAGAAGAUUAUCCAUCACAUUAUAUUUAAGAAUGGGCGAUCAGAUUCACAGUAUUCACACUCAAUCAUUGACAGCUCAUCGAGAGAUGAAGGCACUGAGUGAUGCUGAUAGACUUUCAUAUUAUCGAAGCACAAGCCACAGCUUUGUCAUCCAACCAAAACUUAGUUACAGAGCAAAUGGCUCGAAACUUUCUUCAACUAGCCCAAGAGAUAGUUCAAUGAAAACGUCACAUUGUUGGCGGUUUCGAAAUGUAGAUAUUAAUAAGAAAAGUGAUGAUAGUGAAGUAAGUAAAACUGGCUACCAUGGGAACUGCUACAUAAGAAGAUCUCAACAAAUUCGUACGAUACCUAAACCCAUUUUGCGAGACAGAAAAGUUGUUUUUGGAACGACAGUGUCUCGUCAUCCCCCACAUUCCUACAAUGACAAGGAUAGAACCGAAUCAGAAGCAGCGAGACUGGAAAAAUUGCGGAAGAGGAAAAUGGAGCUGAGAAAAAUUGAAACAGACGCUAUAAGGGAUAUUCGAUUGAGAUUAGGAACUCCUCCGGCUGUUGAGGGUCGCAUACAUGAGGACGUGCAGACAGAAGUCUAUCUCGAAGAGCUAUUUGAUAACCCAACGACGAAUAAUGUGAGCAUUCAGACAUCCAUAUUCCAUGAUCGGCCGGACUCUCCUCCAUUUAUUCCUGCGAAAGUGGGAACUGAUGUUGCUACUCAGAUUAUGCCAGGAGAGCUGUUUGACUUUGAUGUGGAGGUGAGACCGAUCCUAGAGGUGCUGGUCGGAGCCACCCUGGAGCAGGCGAUCAUAGAGGUGCUGGAGGAAGACCAGCUGGCCAGCAUCAGAGCCAACCAGCGCCGGCUGAGGGAGAUCAAGGCCGCUGAAGAGGCCGAGUAUGAGCGGCUUGAGGAAGAGGAGACCAGGAAACGACAGGAGAAGGAUCGUCGUAUUACGGAGCACAUGAGAGCCUGUGAAUUGCAGAAGGAAGUUGAGGAGCGCGUGGCGGCCGCUGUACUGACCACUGGUUACAUUGCUGACCUCCUGCCAUCUGUGCUAGAGGGACUCAAUCUCUCUGGAUAUCUCAGAGAUAAUAUCAAAGAAGAUGUGGAAAAUAACUUUUUGAGCUGGAUUAUGCAAGAAGUAACCCUAGAAAUGAGAAAAGUGGUUGAUAACAGAGAUAUAUUAUCAGAUAUCGUUAGAGAGGUUUUAGUAAAAACUUCUACAUUGUAUGAGCAAUCAAAUGAACUGGAUGAUAACUACGUAGAAGAAAAUAGGAGAGUCAGCCUCAUAUCUGGAAAUGAAGAAAGCAUUCAGGAAGAGGAGGAUGGAGAACAAUAUAGAGAAAGCCAACAGAGUGAGAGGAAACAAUCAGGUGCUGAGGGAUCCAGAGAUUUUCAGUUGUCAGAGAGUGGUGCAGGAGAAGGCUACUGAGAUAACACGAAUGUUUCCAAAACCGAGGAAAUAGUUGAGAAUCUAUAGCAUUUUGAAGAAAUUUGGAGAGACAAAUUUAGGAUCGUCUGAUUCAGGUGCAAUCACGAAAGAACACUUGCUGGAAAUAUAAUUCUAAAAUUUAUGAAGAUGCAUUUUUUUCGAAAAAAACUGCAAUAAUUAACGUAGUUCUAUAUUUUGGCUGUGAAUGAUAAAUCAAGUAAAUAAAAGUCAUUGUAAAUCAUUAUUUUGUAAAUUUCGUUAAAUAAUAAGAUAUUUUUGCAUCAUUUUCUUCAAGGGCUGUAGAAACAAUAAAUUCAGAUUCUGUC